ACGGCCCCGCGAGUACAACUUUUGCGAUAAACAUCAAUCGAUCAAACAAGUUGACCGAGCAACCGCCAUGUCUUCCGACGAGAUUGUCUGGCAAGUGAUAAACCAGCAAUUCUGCUCUUUCAAGUUAAAGUACGCAGUCUCCCCGCACAAUUAGACCAACUUACCCCUCAGCUGAUACUCUUCUCAUCUCACGAUAGAACAACCAAAGGCCAAAACUUCUGCAGAAACGAAUACAAUGUUUGAUCUCCCUUCCUCAGUUCCGCAUACCACUACUUCUACAUCAAUAUCUAACCAACACCACAAAAACACAGGCAACCGGCCUCUGCAACCGCCAGUCCUGCCCACUAGCCAACUCCCGCUACGCUACUAUCCGCUCGGACAAUGGCAUCCUAUACCUAUACAUGAAGACGAUCGAGCGCGCGCACAUGCCUAGCAAACUCUGGGAGCGCAUCAAGCUCUCGCAAAACUACGUGCAGGCCCUCGCACAAAUCGACGAUCGAUUGAUCUACUGGCCGAAAUUCCUCAUACACAAGUGCAAGCAGCGUCUCACCCGACUUACUCAAGUCGCCAUCAAGAGCCGCAAAGUGGCCCGCGAGGAUGAGCUCAUGGGCGAGAAAUUAAUCGGCGUUAAGCCAAAGGUCAAGAGGCGUGAGGCUACAAGGGAGAGAAAGGCAUUGGCGGCUGCAAAGGUUGAGAGGGCGAUUGAAAAGGAGCUCGUGGAGAGAUUGAGGAGUGGGGCAUAUGGGGACAAGCUGUUGAACGUCGAGGAGAACAUUUGGAAGAAGGUGCUUAGGGGCCUGGAGAAGGGAGGGGAGGUGGAGAGGGAUUUGGAUGAGGAAGAGUUGGAGGAUGAGGAUGAAUUGGAGGACGAAGAUGAAGAUGAGGAUGCCGGCGAGAUAGAAUACGUAUCUGGCGAUGAAGACCUUGAAGAAGAAGAAUUAGGAGACUUGGAAGACUGGCUACAGGAUAGCGGCGCUAGUUCAUUCGAAGAGGGUGACGACGAGGACGACUCUGAUAGCUCUGGCGGCGAUGAGGAAAGCUCAGGGGAGGAAGAGGAGGACAUCAAAUCUACUCAGAAAGCACCCAUCAAGAAUGCCGCAGAAAGCAAAAAGCGCAAGAGAACCCAAACUCCUCAGAAGCCGAGGAAACGU